CUUCAGUAACGGCAUGACCAUCGAUGGCAACAGCAAGAGACUCUGUUGAUGCUGAUAAAGCAGAGUUGCAGAUUGAUCAUCACAAAUGUGCAGUCGUUGUCAUAAGAUUAGGUAUAUAAGAAGGGCUUCGCUCGACUUAGACAGCACUCAUCAACUUCACUCAACGACGUUCUAUUCACUUUACUUCAACUCUCUAUCACAACUUCAACCAUGCCCUCAAAGCUCAUCGUUAUCCUCGGAGCCACAGGCAACCAAGGCGGUUCCGUCGCCGAAGCCUUCCUCUCCGAACCAGGCUGGAAAGUCCGCGCCCUCACCCGCAACACCUCCAGCGCCAAAGCCCAAGCCUUGUCUUCCAAAGGCGCUGAAGUGGUCCAAGCCGAUCUCGAUGACCCUUCUUCACUCAAUGCGGCUUUUGAAGGUGCUCACGCCAUCUUCGCUGUCAGCGACUUCUGGGGUCUCUAUAACGAGGCCAACAGAUUCAGAACUAAGCCUGGUCAGGCUCUCAAUGACUGGGCUUCUCAGCAUGAGGAGCAGCAGUUGAAGAACGUCAUUGACAUUGCUGCCAAGAUCCCCACGCUUGAACGCUUCAUUCUCUCGUCUUUAUCUCAUUCGGAGAAGUGGUCCAAGGGUAAAUAUACUCGUGUAUACCACUUUGACGGUAAGGCUCGUGCGACAGAGUAUGCCCAAAAGGAGCAUCCUCAUCUGUGGGCCAAGACAAGUGUCUACCAAGCUGGACUUUUUCUAAGCAACUUCAUUCUCUUGCCGCCGAACCAGCCUUUCAAGAACGCCGAGGGAGUUGCUCAGUUCGUCUCAACUCUUGACGUCGACACAAAAUUCCCCUACAUCGCCCCUGAAGAGGACUCCGGUCCAUUGGUCAAGGCACUCAUCAUCGACGAACCCGCAGGUCACAACCUCAUCGGCUACAGAGAGUGGCUAUCCGCCAAUGAGAUCGCUGCUGCCUUCACAAAGGCUACUGGUAUCCCGUCAAAGGCCAUCAAGGACGAUGGCGCAAUCCCCCCCGGUAUAUCCGAUGAGCUGUUGGGCGAGAUGAUUGACUGUUUUGGGUACUUUAAUGAGUUCGGUUACGAGGGUCGAGAUGACCCUACUGUGGUUCAUCCUCGCCAUCUUAAGUCUGCGCCUAAGCUCAGUACUGCUGAGGACUACUUCAAGAGGCAGGACUGGACCAAGGUCUUCGGAUCUUAAGAGAAAACCCCUGAAAGGUAUUGUCUAAAUACUACUGCGAUCACUACAGAAGAUGGACUGUGGAUAUAGUUGUUGCGAAAAGGUUCUUGUUACUUAUGUUAAAUCUCGUAGAGAUCAGCUUGAAUCGAAUUAUGUAUACGCCUU